UUAGGGGAGCAUUUUUCUGACUGUACCUGAACGCUCCAUGUUCAUGCAUGGUAACCGGGGCGGUUCUAUGUGUGAUAUAGCUGGGCGUGGGCUCUGUACUCCUCGUCUCCUCUUCUCUCUGUGGAAGCACAUUGUUCAACGCGGGCUCAUCAUACCCGGGACCAUUGAAUGCUUUCUUACAUUUUUGCAACUGAAAAUUGAAUAUACAUACAGAUAAAAGACAAAGACACUCGAAGGCUGUGGGACGGACCCUAGGAAUAUUUUUGUUUUGCUCUGAGAGGCAACGGAAUUGAAAGAUUUUUUUUCUUCCUCUACGGCAGACGAAACGUCGCUCUUAUCGCUAAUUAGACCUCUGCUCGUUUGGCGCGUCGUGAGCAGCAGCGGCAAGGAUGACCGAGUAUAAGCUGGUAGUAGUUGGAGCUGGAGGCGUGGGCAAGAGUGCACUAACCAUCCAGCUCAUCCAGAACCACUUUGUGGAUGAAUAUGACCCCACUAUAGAGGACUCAUACCGCAAGCAAGUGGUGAUUGAUGGGGAGACCUGCCUGCUUGAUAUCCUGGACACUGCAGGUCAGGAGGAGUACAGCGCCAUGAGGGAUCAGUACAUGAGGACAGGGGAGGGCUUCCUCUGUGUUUUUGCCAUCAACAACACCAAGUCUUUUGAGGACAUUCACCAGUACAGAGAACAGAUUAAACGAGUGAAGGACUCUGACGAUGUACCCAUGGUGCUUGUGGGAAACAAAUGUGACCUCCCUGCACGAACAGUAGACACAAGGCAAGCGCAGGAUCUCGCUCGCUCUUACGGCAUCCCCUACAUCGAGACCUCUGCCAAAACACGACAGGUGGGGAACCGACACGACGCACACAUGUGGAGUCGAGGACGCUUUCUACACACUGGUAAGGGAGAUCAGGCAGCACAAGCUGAGGAAGCUAAACCCGCCCGACGAAAGCGGCCAGGACUGUAUGAACUGUCGAUGCGUUGUAUCGUGAUGCAGCUCUCCAUUACAUGUGGAGGAGAAACGCUACAGCGCAACGUGGCAGCAUGGACACGAAAGACAGACGAAAAUAAAGAUCAAAUUCGAACUUUAUCAAAUAGAGGAUGAUUGAAGCAAAUGCUCACAAGGAAACCACCAGGGCUGACUGAACUGUAGACUUUUAUGAAAAGGAGGAUUUUGGACUA